AUUCUCUUUCCAGAAGUAAAAGGGAGUGGCUCCACUCUCUUCCCUAUCUUUUCACUCCGCUCAGCCACCAGCAAGUCCAGGGGUUGCUUCUCCAAAAGCCGAGAAAAUGACAGAGGCGUUGACGCCAGCGCAGAUCACCGAGUACAAGGGCAUCUUUGAGAUGUUUGACGAAGAGGGGAACGACUUGGUGAAAACGUCCGAGUUGGAGCGGCUCAUGAGCCUGAUCGGCAUCAACCCAACCAAGAGGGAACUGGUGACGAUGGCAAAGGAUGUGGACAAAGACAAUAAAGGCACCUUCAACUGCGACGCCUUCCUCGUUUUGAUGGGAAUCUACCACGAGAAGUCCAAAAACCAAGACGAAGAGUUGAGAGCGGCCUUCAAAGUCUUCGACCAAGAACACAAAGGCUACAUUGAGUGGAACACCUUGAAGUAUGUGCUGACAAAUGCUGGAGAGCCAUUGGAUGAACAUGAAGCGGAGCUCAUGAUGAAAGAAGCCGACAAAGACGGGGAUGGGACCAUUGAUUAUGAAGAAUUCGUGGCCAUGAUGACUGGUGAAUCUUUCAAACUGACCCAAUAAAACUCGCCGGAAGAAAGGAAUGAUCGGGAACGAUUCUCUGGAUGCCUUGCGCUCUUUUUCCUUCUCGAAGUGGAAAUGCACAAAAUAGGUCGUCUUUUCCCGAGGCCGAGGAGUAAUAAAAAUAUCGCUCUCCAAUGGCAAGAGUCAGCAAAGAGGAACGACCGCUCGCGACUGCAAUCUCACUUCGCCAUGCAACGGAUUUCUUUUCCACGCUCAGCACGCAAGCGGUAACCGUUCCUCAAUGGUUUUUUUCAAUAAAAGAAAACAAAACA